GUCUUAAAACAUAUGAUUUAUAACAUUUCAGUGUAACCUGCAACUAUUUUAAUGCGUCAUUUAUGAUUUAGAAGCACCGGAGAUGAUUAAUCAACAAAUGAUGCUUACCCUGGGCAAGAAGAUUUCUGGUAUAUUAGGGACCUAAAAACUUUCAACUUGAACCGCAUCAGCUUAAAGAGAGCUAUUAAAACUGUUAUUUCCCAUUGAUUCAAAGAGGAAAGUCGAGGAGAUGUACUAUCUAAAGCUUACUUUUUCAGUAGCAGCAAUGCUACUGACUUUGUCAACCUUAACUGAAGGAUCAUCGGUCUUUGUCACUGUGAAAUGUAACCGAGAAUGCACAAAGGAAAAGUUAGACUGCUCAAACGAGUGCCGCAUGGGAGACGAAGAUUUUGAGAGACUGGAAUCAUUACAAUGCCUGAAAGAAUGUAAGGUGAAAACAGAAGCCUGCGAGAAGGUGUGUGCUUGUGGGGAUCAGUGUGCACAAAAGCUGUCUGCCUGUAAGACUAGCUGUAAGAACCACACCUUUCAGACAAAGCACGACAAGAGGGAGUGUUUGGCAGAAUGUUAUUUUGAUGCUGAGCAGUGUGGUGAGAUGUGUUAGGAACACUCGACUAAAUUUAUGUACAUCUAAUUAAAGUAAUUUUGAAAAAUC